UGACAUCACUUACUGGACGCCUGGCAGAUAAUCUCCACAUACCUCAGAAGUGCAUUGGAAAGACAGAAUGGGUGCCACUUUGACGAUGACUUAUUAAAAGAGGGCCUCCCCUUGGUCGCGUGUGCAAUUUUGGCGGGUGUCGGUUUUCGGUGUCCAUGAUACAGUCGGAAGAAUCCAACAGAUUUGUCUCGGAAUACAUCCAGUCGUCCCUUCUCAAGAAUGAACGGGAAGCGGUCUGUGCGUAGAAGUUUGGAGCAACCAACACAAGGCUUUCAGGAUAACCCAAAUAUUUCCAGUGGGCCAACGGGAUCCAGUGGAAUGCAGUCCAACAGCUGGUACUUGCGCAAUUCCACGGGGAAAUGCCCCAGAAAUUCUACUACCUCAAGUGGCCAAACAACUUCAACUGCCGAUGAGGGAGUGGAAACAGGGGGAGAGUCAUCCAACAGAGGACAGAUGAGGUUCACCAGAGAAGUUAUUGGGAGAGAAAAUAGCUGUGGCACCUUGUCAUCUGAAUCAUCUUGCGUAUCUCAGAAGAGUCUGCUAAGAGCGAUAUGUACCAUUCCCAGCAGCAUAAUAGUUACUAUGAUCUGCCUCCCGGAAUUCCUCUGUAGAGCCUGUAUCUUUUUAAGAGACCAAUGCACUAUGGCGAACUUUGCGAAGUCUCUGAAGUUCUUGUCUAUAACAGUCCCAACCAUUUGUGCUGCCAUUUACUGCUCGUGUCUCUGCAUGAGGCUUUCAGAUGGCCUGUCAUCAAAGGAGCUUACGCAACUGUACGAAACUGAGCUGAAAUCGUUGUGGAAGUCCCAGAAUUUGCUCGAAGAACAAAUCCAUGAAAUCCAGGGCCUUAAAAAGGAGACAGAUCGCUUGCGUGCCGAGAUCAACAGCAUCAAUGAAGGCAUCCUGAAAUCUGUGAAGGAAAUCCUUCAGGAGAGCGACAUCCCGGGAGAGAACAAAGAUCAAGUGCUCACAACGAUCAACUUGGCUUUUAAGAAGAUUUAUGAAGAUCAUGUGCAAAUGGCUGAUUGGGCUCAGAAAACAAUAGGAGCCACAAUUGAUAAAGACAGGACAUCUAAGAGUUAUGUACCUGAGAGUAUGCAGAACUGCUGGUUUCAAUGGCUUUUUGUGUCUUCAACAAAUCCUCCCGAUACUGUUCUGCAGCCAGAUGUUUAUCCUGGAAACUGCUGGGCUUUCCGGGGUUCUGAGGGCCAAGUAGUAAUUAAACUGCCAGAGAAAGUCCAACCAACGGCCGUUACAGUUCAGCACAUCUCUAAAGCCAUUUCUCCCUCGGGAGGAGUCAACAGUGCCUUGAAGGACUUCUGGGUUUUUGGGCUAGAGGAUGAAACACGAGAAGAAACUCUACUGGGGAAAUUCAUGUAUGAUAUUGAGAAAGAAGCCAUUCAGACAUUCCAACUGAAGAACGAACAUUUAAAACAGUUUCUGCAUAUCAAAUUCAAGGUGCUGAGCAACUGGGGCAACCCAGAGUUCACCUGCAUUUAUCGACUCCGGGUGCAUGGGAAGAUGGUCCAUUCCUCGCCCAUCGGAUGAAGGCAGGGGGUGAAAAAUCUUGCAAGAUGAAUAAAAGGAAAGAAAACAGGAGUACCAAC